AUGGCGUUCAACGAUGGCAACUGCCUCUGGGUUCGUGGCAUCCCGCCGGAGUGCCAGAAGGAGGACCUGCUGAAGCUCUUCAGGAGCUACGGGCAGGUCGCAAAUGUGCAGAUACCCUGCGACCCCGCCACAAGGCGGCACAAAGGCUACGCCUUCGUCACCAUGAUCAGCAUGGCGCAGGCGAAAGACUGCAUCCAGGCACUGCAUGGAGCUGAGCUGGGAGGCCACGGGCUCUUAGUUGAGAUGUCGAAGCGCGGUGCCGCCUAUGGGAAGACCCCAGGCAUCUACCUUGGCAGCACCAAGAGCUGCGGUUCCAUCUUGAGGCGCCGGAGCAGCGAGGAGCGCGCCCUCACCCGGCUAGAGCGCCCCUUGGAGCCUGGGCUGCUCAAGGGCGAGGAGGCGGCCUUUCCCGAGCCGCUCUCCGAGCCGAUGAGCUCGGCAGCCUUUGCCUCUGCAGCGGAGCCGGUGACAGAACCAGGUGGCGAGCCAUUGACGGAGGAGGACCCCCCCGCAGAGCCGCAACGUUGCCCAGCACCGAGGACGUGCCGAGAGGACUCCCCGCCUCCCUUGAAGCAGAAGCUCGUGGAGGGGCUGAAGAGUCCGAGGUCCAGCCGCAUCAGCGAGCUCGAGGCUGCCAAUGUCCGGGCCGCGGCGCAGCAGACGGCGGACAGCCUCCUGCUGCAGUUCCAGCGGCAAGGCGCGGCUGUUUUCUAUGAUAACAUAUGA